UUUUUAUUCUAUUUAUUUUUUUAUAUAUAAAAUUAUGAAUUUUUAUUUAAACAAAUGUGUCAAGUACCAAAACAUCCAUUUUUCAAUUAGACUCCAUAAUUCUCCAAUCGACUGCUUCCUUUUAGAGGAUCUGGUUUAGGGAAGAUUUGAAAAUUCAUUGUAAUUGAGGAUUGGGUAAUUAUUUGGUAUCUGAAAAAUGGCGUUGAAGUUUCUGAACAAGAAAGGAUGGCAUACCGGUAGCUUGAGGAACAUCGAAAACGUGUGGAAAGCGGAACAAAAGCACGAGGCUGAGCAGAAGAAAUUGGAAGAGCUUCGUAAGCAGAUUCAUGAAGAGAGGGAACGCUCUGAGUUCCGUCUUCUCCAAGAACAAGCUGGCCUUGUCCCGAAGCAGGAGAGGUUGGAUUUUCUCUACGAUUCUGGACUUGCUGUUGGGAAAGGUGCUAGUAGCUCUGCUGCUGGAGGUAGCGGAGGUGGAGGUUUCAAGGCUCUCGAAGAAGCCCUUCCGGGGUCGAAGGCGGGUACUGAUGGUAAUGCCAACCAGUCUUCUUCUGCGCCCGGUGCGUUGUUUGAAGACAAACCUCACUCGGCUAAUGAUACCUGGCGUAAGCUCCAUUCAGAUCCGUUGCUUAUGAUUCGCCAGCGCGAACAAGAAGCACUUGCUCGUAUCAAGAACAACCCUGUCCAAAUGGCCAUGAUACGCAAAUCUGUUGUAGAGAAGAAACAAAAGGAAAAAUCCCCUGAUCAUAAGGAACACCGUAAGAAGCAUCACCGUAGUAGUUCCAAGCAUCGGAAACAUUCAUCGUCUAAACGGCAUUCAUAUUCUGAAGAUGACACUUCUAAGGAGGACAAAAAAGAUAAAAAUCACCAUCGCAAGAGGUCAGAUUAUGAGGGGCACUAUCGCAAAACAGAAUCAGAUUCAGAACAUGAAUUAAAGGAAACAGAAAGGGAAGAGAAGAGUCACCGCAGGCAGAAAUAUGGAUAUGAUGAUCAAGAUGUUGAUAAGAGGAGCCAUGACAAGUCUAAGCGUGAUAAAUAUUCUUCUCAAGCUCCACGAAGUAUAGAUGCAGAUAAAAAUCAAGAAAAAGAUCGACGGUCUUAUGACCAUAGAGAUACUGGACCUCGGGAUAACAAGCGCCGGGGUGUUUCCCAUAAACUUUCUGAAGAGGAGAGAGCUGCCCGGCUUCGUGAAAUGCAAGAGGAUGCUGAGUUGCAUGAAGAGCAAAGGUGGAAGCGGUUGAAAAAGGCCGAGGAGAAUGAUGCUCAGGAGGCUACACUGUCCAGCACAUCUGUUGGCAAAAACUUCUUGGAUGCUGCCAAUAGAAGCAUUUAUGGUGCUGAGAAGGGUGGAAGCUCAACAAUAGAAGAGAGCGUCCGUCGUAGGGCGCAUUAUUCACAAGGCCGUUAUGAAUCAGAAGGAAAUGCUUUUAGACGUUGAUGUUGUGUUUCCGAUAUAUUCCGUUCUCAGUAGGCUUCAAUUAAGCAGCGAGGUUUCAGUUCUUGUUGCACUAUUACUUCGGCAUGGAAUGAGACGAUGGUUAUGGUCUCGCUGGAGAUUUCAGUUUCUUUAUGUCCGAAGUUUAUAUGAACGACUGGUAUGUUACUAUCCUAAUGUUCAUAUUAUUUGAUGUGAUUCUAUUUAUAUUUUAUGUACACCUUGUGACUGAGUUGUGACCUCUAAAGGGAUUCACAUUCACAACAUUUCCCUUCGAAAAUCUUCUUGUAUCUCUCAUCAAGGUUCAAAAAAAGGAGAAUUAUAACUAUUUGGUCA